AUGUUGGACCCUCUCAGUGCGCUUGGACUGGUUUCUGCUGCCUUUGCCAUCAGCUUGGUACUCAGAAAUUACUUUGCCAAACCGAAGCUGCCUCACAGUGGUAAAUUACCACCUGGUCCAGCUUUACUCCCAAUCCUAGGUAGUGCACUGGCAAUCGAUGUGACCGCCCCUUGGCUAACCUACAAGGCAUGGGGCAAUCAAUACGGUGACGUGGUAUAUACUCGGCUUUUUGGUCAGGACAAUAUCAUUAUCAACUCUGAGCGGGUUGCAAGAGACCUCCUUGAGCAUCGCUCACAUAACUACUCCGACCGACCAGAGAUCGCAACCAAUGAAUUAUUUGGCGUCGACUAUACUACCGCCUUUAUGCGAUAUGGUAGUAGAUGGCGCCUUCAGCGCAAAAUUUUACAUCAGUCCUUCCGACAAGACGCAGUCCCCACUUUUCAGCCCAUGCAAGUAGACAAAAGCCAUGACCUUUUAUUAAACCUCCUCGAGGAUCCUUUGAACUAUCCGGAACAUCUUGAAGCCCAUUCAGGUUCAGUCAUCAUGUCCGCCGUGUAUUCGUAUGAUGCAGCACGACGUCAUGACUACAUGAUUGAGCGCGCAACCUUGGCUCUGGAUCUCAUGUUGAAAGAGUUGAGACCAGAGGUAGCUGCCGUUUUUAGUGCUUAUCCUUUCCUUCUCUACCUCCCCUCUUGGCUGCCUGGGAUGCGUCUCAAGAGAAUUUCACCUUUAGCCAAGGAAUUGGCUAUGGAAAACUUGGAAAGGCCAUUUGCGCACACAGUGCGUGGUCUGGCUAUGGGAUCUGUUUCUCCUUGCAUGGUCGCUAAACAUUUGGCGGAGCUUGAUGAUGGCCACGGCGACUCUGCCUGGCAGAAGAAAGCAAUACAGGAAUCCGCAGCAACCGCUCUUGGAGCUGGCACUGAGACGACAGCUGCUGUGUUGAUGAAUUUCAUGCUGGUCAUGAUUCUCCACCCAGAUGUACAACAGAAAGCGCAAAAACUUGUUGAUAGUGUGGUUGGCCCAAAGAGACUGCCCACAUUUCACGAUCGUCCAUCCUUGCCCUACAUUGACGCCAUUUUACGGGAGUGCUUACGGUGGCACCCAGUUUUCCCUCUUGCGAUCAUGCAUGCUGCUGUCGAAAGCGACAUUUACGAAGGUUAUUACAUACCCAAAGGUGCUACAGUCACCCCGAAUGUUUGGGCAAUGUGCCACAACGAAGAUAAAUACGCAAAUGCGUCCGAAUUCAAUCCUGACCGUUUCCUGAACCCAGAUGGCACCCUGACAGACGAUACUGUGAGUUUCGUGUGGGGAUUUGGGCGACGGAUAUGCCCUGGUCGUCAUCUCGCCGAAGCUUCUAUAUGGUCUGGCAUGGUCUCUUUGCUUGCAGUUUUCAAUUUCUCCAGGGCCAAAGACGAGACUGGUAAAGAUAUUGAGAUCGAGCCACGCUGGAAUACAGGGCUUACUGUGCGCCCUUUGCCAUUCCCUUGCAGUAUCACUCCGAGGAAUGCGGAUAUGGAUAUCACGGCCUUGCAGUAUUUGAUCAAGGUAUCUGUUUAG